AUGUCAUACCCGUAUUACACCGAGUUUUUUGUCCGCUUCCCCAAGUUUAAAGAGAGGGAGGAAAGCGAAAGGACCGUGGACCCCAGGAUCGAGUUGGAAAAAAAGUGCCAGGCAAAAUGCGUGCGACCCGUCCACGAGUAUCAGAGCUGUGUAAGCAGAGUACAGGCCAAGCCAGAAAUGAAGGGAAAUUGUCUUGGGCAGCAUGAAGAAAUGUAUAUGUGUAUCGACCACUGUGUGGCGAAGGAUCUGUUUAACUAUCUAGUAUAG